AUGCGGCGAGUCAAGAAGUCCCGCCACGGCUGUGUGCGAUGCAAGAGUAAACGGGUGAAAUGCGGCGAAGAGAAACCACAUUGUAGCCGCUGCACACGUCUGGGCGUGCGCUGCCCAGGCUAUGUACAGUCGUUGCGCUGGAUCACCAAGCAUGAGCAGUCAGAUCAGACUUCCAGCGCAUCUAUAUCAAAUGAAAACAGGACGAGUCCCGCCUCGUCGUCAAAUGUGCCGCAACAACAGCAGCAGCAGCCUGAGCACAUCGGCCAUGUUUUAUCUUUGAAUGAUGACCCGGCCCAAAGACCCUCGCACGACACUACCGCUACUCAUUUUGGGCUGGACGGACCAAACGCCCUUUGCGAUAACUUGUGGGAUCUCCCCGGGAACGGGUCUUUGCCUGAACUGACCGACCUCUGUCCGCCAUCUCCCGGACCCGGCCCAUCGUCCUUCUCGCCGCGGCGAGAAUCGGUUUACAGCUUUGGACGAUCGGGUGACUCGCCCGGAGACCUGUCGCGUUUCCUGUCUCUCAUCGGUCCACCCGCCCCGAAUGACGAGGAGCCUAGCAGCAAAUACCGAGACUUUUCACCGUCAGCCAUCGUCCGGAGUUAUCCUCCAGCGCCGCAUCCUUCAGCGUCCCGCGAUUUCAUGUCCAUAUCUUGUCCCCUAAACAACCCGUCAUGGACUCUGAUCGAAUACUAUUUCAAGGAAGUUGCCGCGCUGUUCUCCAGCUAUGAUAGCCAAAUGAACCCGUUUCGGACCACGGUCUCCCGACUUUGGGGUUCCUCGUUGGCGAUGUGCCGAACAAUGCAGAGCAUGGCAGCUGCAACGCUAGUCAAUGACUUCCCUCAGUUCGGGCCUCUGGGCCGGAAGAUGCGCAACGAGGCGGUGGACAUCAUCACCCGUGAAGCAGUCAUGGAUGAUAAGGCGCUGCUGGCACUUCUCAUGCUCGGCCAGACGGCGAGCUGGCACGAUCCGACGGAUCUGGGCAUUUCGUUCUUCAAUCUUCUGCGCAAACAGCUCAAUACUAUUGCGUCGUCCUCGUCGCACUGCCCGGGAUUUGACUUCACAUCCAAGAAUUCCGGUAACAACUACCGGUUCUUCGAAGAAGCCCUUAUAUACUGGGAGAUGCUCCUGUCGUUCGUGACCGACAACGACACGAUGGUGUUCUCUGACAAUUCGCGAUCCGCAACAUCCAUGGACGAGUCUCUAGUUCUUCAACUAGUUCCGCAUCCUUGGACCGGCAUCGCGCGAGACACACAGUUCACCGUCCACGAAGUUGGCCGACUAGUCCGGCGCGAGCGGAAACGCAUUCGAGCCAGACGCUUCACUUCUCAAGACGACAUCUCGCGCGCCCAGAUGGCCAUUGAAAAGGCCCGGGAACUAGAAGCUCGGCUCCUGGACCUUGCCCACCCCGCUGAAGCUGAGAUCGUGAGUCCCGGCGACGACGAUACUCCAGUCUGGCACCUCCUCACCAUGGCCGAAGUCUACCGUUGUACGGGUCUGAUGCAGCUCUACCGCGUCUUCCCGGACUUGCUGCACAGCCGUCUACCAUCUCCUGGGCCACAAUUCCCCGCUGCUGUAUCGUCUACGUCCCGGGAUCCGUUCUUCCCAAUCGACCUUGAAGGCAUGAAUAUGCCCCCGGGCUUCUGCAGCAACAGCCCUGCAGGCGCUACCAAUACUAAUAAUAACUCUCCAAACACUGCCCCUUCACCAUCGCUACCCACCCAACCCUACCUCUACCCUCCCUCACCUCGCCAACCAUCAGCAGCACAAAACCCCACCCCAAGCUUCGAUACAGAGCCUGACCCCGACACCUCCUUAUACGAAAACUGGCUCACCGAAUUCGCUGUAACAACCCUCCACCGCCUAAAAACCAUCCCCCUCGAAUCCCGCACAAGAUGUCUGCAGCCCUUCUUACUUGUUGCAUCAAGCAGCGAGCUCCGCCUCCCACGCACAUGCACACCUCACCGAACUACCUCUCCACACGGCCAAGGCAAUACCAAUGACAAUAACGAUUACAAUGAAGAAACUAAUAACGAUAACGAUAAUUAUAACGAUAAUGACGACACCGCUGGCAACGAAAACCAAGGCCCCGCCGUCUCAAUGGCCGCCAUCGAGGUCUCGCGCACACGGAAAUUCAUCCUCGGCCGUCUCACCUCGUUUCUGCAUGUGCUGCCUCCGAAACCGAUUAAUGUGUGCUUAAGGCUUGUUACUGAGGUGUGGAGACGGAUGGAUGCGGGUCAGGAGAGUAGGGCGUUUUGGAUGGAUGUUAUGAUGGAGAAAGGGUGGGAGACUACGAUGGGAUAA